AUGUUUGACAUCACCCCCCACGCCGGCGGUGUGGAACGGGUCUUUAGCAUGAUGGGGUGGAUGCAAAACGACAAGCGGAACCGGCUUCGCACGGACACCCUCGAGAUGAUGGCCAAGGUCAAAACUUACCAUCAGUCGCUGCAAACCAGGGUUGCUCCGCCCAAAGCCCGUCCGAGCGAUCGAGCCCACACCUCGAGCGGUCGCCGCUCCAACGGCUGCCAACCCCGACACGGGAGCCUCUUCCUCCGACCCAACCAGGGCCGCGCCGGAAGGCGACCAGAAUGCCGGGAUCGACGACGAAGCGGAGCCCAUGCCCGACGAGCUUGCGGCCAUCCUCCGCUCCUUUUACGAGCAGGAUACGUCGACGGUUCCUUGGACGAGCAGCCGGGCAACCGUCUACUGGUUGAAGACUCCUACGAUCUGGACGACCCGUUGUUUGGGCCCGACCCGCUAUCGGGGGCUCAGAGCCAGGCUGCGCCAUGCGACUACGGCGCUUCGAACGAGCAAUUCAGUUCAGAUGAUGUAAUCAAUCAGUUUCUAAACUCUAGCGGAGGAGACUCGUGAGAAGGGUUGGGUUUGUUCUCAGCUCUAAAUUAUUCACGAGAGUUGAAGAACUUUGAAGCUGAACUCUGAACUUACAUUGGAGCUGCCGCCGGUCAGUUUACGAUUGUAAUCAUUGUAUUCAUGCAUCGAGUUUCCGAGCUGAUUUCACUGUCGGCAGCGUUUUGCACGCGUU